AGAAGCAGCGGUUUAUAUGACCAUCUUGUCCUCAAACCACCUGGAACGCCUCCCUCUUACUUGGCACGAACAACAAAGCCUCAACCAGAAUGUCUGACGAGCACUCCAGCCAGACUUCAUACCCCAGAGAUCCAACAGAUGAAUAAAGACAUUGAAGAUCGAGACAGAAAGAGUAACCCAGUUUCUGAUACUUCCACUCUAGGUGAGGACUGGAUCGAGCAAGAACUCCGAGAGGAAGCUCUCACCUCGGAUGACCCUACUCGUUUGCCAGCGACGAAUGUUACUACUCAGACUCAGACAGUCGAUGUGAUGAUCUCUCCCCCUGUACCUUCCUGCGACAUUUCAACACAAACCACCUGCCAAACAGCAGACGUGAGCGUGCAAACAUGUGCUGACAACAGCCAGCUUAAAUCGAAAACCUCGUCCAGCAGCAACCAGAUCAACCCCAAUACUUCAUCCGCUUGCAACCUACAAGAGGUGGACUGUCACCCACCUGUCUGUCUGGCCCCACAAGAGGUCAACCUGAGGGAAUGCUUCCUCAAGAUCACCAAAGAGCGUCAGCACCACUACAGCUCCAUUCGCUCCAAGCUCGACCACAUGGUGACACUGCUUUCUCACAAGAGGGAACUAGUGGACCUCACUAACCUGACGCUGAGGCCUGGCCUGCACAGAGGACGCAAGGGUCAGCAGGAGGGCAGGCAGGGUUAUAGUACACUUGACAAUGUGAUUAUGGGGACUUGGCCCAAGUCGAGAUGUCUGCAGUAACAUGAACACAGGAUAACAGCGCUGGUGGUGGUUUGCAAACUUUUAGUACAGCACUUUUUUUUACGAAUCGGAACAAAGCUUGUAGAUUACUCAGAAAAAUAGUUUGAAAGAUUUGUAUGCAAUAUAAAAAAAGACAAAUGUGCAAAGAUACUGAUUUUUUUCUGAACUUGAAUUGUACUUAUUGUAUUUGAUGGGGGAAUUAUUAGCAGUCUUUAUAUACUGUAGUUAGAUA